AUGGGCAGCAAGGACAGAAAACCGAUUGUUCCAGAUGGUUGGGUUGCCGUCUGGGAUGAUAAGUAUAAUGAAUGGUUUUACGUUAACAAACUUACAAAUAAAUCCCAAUGGGAUGCUCCAAAAGGGACUGUUAUGACUCCAGCUGGAUCUCAAGACAAGGCGGCCCUUGAAAAGGAGCAGUUGAAACAAAAGCAAGCCCAGAAUGAUGCACCGCCAUCCUAUGCUGCAGCCACUAGUAACCAAGUGCCUUAUAACAAUCAGCAACAGAAGCCCUACCAGCAGUAUCAGCAAUAUGGACAGCAGCAGCAAUAUUAUCAGCCGCAGCAACAGUAUGCACAGCAGCAGCAGUAUGCACAACAGCAGCAACAAUCUAGCAGCAGUAAAAGAAGUGGAAUGGGAGGAUUGUUAGGAGGUGCUGCUUUAGGUACCGUUGGUGGUUUGUUAUUAGGAAAUGCUUUGUCUGGACCUUCACAUAUGUUUCAAUCAGGUCCACCUCCACCGGAUCAGGGUGGAUUUUAUGAUCAAGGUGGUUUUGAUAAUGGAGGUUUUGAUGGUGGUUUUGAUGGUGGAUUCGAUGGCGGCUUCGAUGGUGGCUUUUGA